CCACGUGACUCCAUAAAUGGUUCCACUCGUACUCGUAGAAUUUGUUGUGGGGACUGUGAUUAGUCGCCGAUUUGGGACGUAAAUUUGCAAUACAUGGCAACAGUAGAUUUCAAGUUAGCAUGAUGGCUCACGAUAAGAUUCCAUUUAACUUUCAAACUGUGAUAACGCAUUGAUAAACCGGCCAAGGAAUUAAGAAUAUAAACCGAAUUGCUUGGUCGUUUCGUCCGUAGAUAUUUGGCACUGUGGAUUGUGCACCGCCAUUCGAAUGCCUGUGGGCUGUAGGCGUACUGUUCUACAUAACUACAAGUACAAGUAGCUAGGCUAACGUUGGUUGCAACGGGAAGCCAUCGGUCGGUUGUACGUCGUUUAGGCGUACAUCUACAUGUACGCUGUUGGAUGACAACCCGCGAAAAAGUGUUCAAAGUGUGAAGGUUUGUGAUAGAAGUUAAAACUGCUGAAACCAAGAUGGCGACGGAGUCAACGACCUUUUACCAGGGUACCGGGGAGUUGGGAAUUGGAAGCCUGGCCUCGCACCUGAGCACACGCUAUGGCACCGACCUGGACCUGUCGGACGCUAGCUUCCAGCAGAACCUGGACAGCAUCAAGGACCAGAUCAAGAAGGACAUCCGGAAGGAGCUCAAGAUUAAGGAGGGGGCGGAGAACAUGCGCAAGGUGACCACGGACAAGAAGAGCCUGGCCAACAUCAACAACAUGGUCAAGCAGGCCAACAUCAGGCUGCACGAACUGCAGCAGGAACUGAACGAGCUCAACGCCCACAUUGUGGUCAACACGGAUGAAAUUUUGGCAGCAGCAGGUGAUGCCAGCCCCCUGUCUCCGGACCACCGACGGGCUUCGUCCUCAGAGGACGGCAGCGGACCAUUGCGCACUGGCCCCACCCCGAACAGCCGGGUGGCCGCCCUCGAGAAACAGCUGGCCAUCGAGAUGAAGGUCAAGCAAGGGGCGGAGAACAUGCUGCAGAUGUACUCCACGGGGGGCAAGGACCGCAAGAUGGUGGCCGAGGCCCAGCAGAUGCUGCAAGACAGCAAGGUCAAGAUUGAGGUCAUCAAGAUGGAGAUCCUGAAGGUCCAGCAGAUGGCUGGGAACAGCCUGAGCUCUGACACUACGCACAUGGAUGGCAGUGAUCUAGGCUACCGCCGCGCUUCUGCUGCUGAUCUGCACUUGAGCCCUCUGCAGUUUCGCAUUGAGGAGCUGAGACAUCAUUUCAAGAUUGAGCAUGCUGUCUUGGAAGGAUUCAGGAAUGUCUCCAAGAUGCUGAGCGAGAGCAAGUCAUCCGACAAGAAGGGACUGGCAGAGGCUGAACGGGGAACAAUUGAGUCCAGUCACAAGUUGGACAUCCUUAGGCUAGCCCUAGAGAAGAGGCUAAAGGAACUGCCGCUAGAUUCAGACACGGAGAAGAUCAAUCAGAUUAAAGAUGAACUAGCCACAGGAAAGUCGCAGUCCUAUGGCACCUUGCCCAAGCCUGCCGCCCUAACAGGCAGGCUAGAGGUUCGUUUAAUGGGCUGCCAAGACGUCCUGGAGACGGUCCCCAACAGGUCCAAGACCAACUCCUCCUCGGGAGGGGCCUUUAGCCCAGGGGAGAGCCGGGGGCUGCUCAAGGGGAAGACGUCCUUUCAUGGCAGGGCCAGUAGCAGGUCGUCCAGUACGAGAAGGGACGAGUUGUCCAAUGACAUCAGUGCCAUCUUGAAGCUGGACAAUAUUCAGGUGGGGCAGACAUCCUUCAAGCCCAUCAGUAACCAGUGUUGGAGUCAACGGUUCAGCAUAGAGUUAGACAAGUCUCGUGAGCUGGAGAUAUCUGUACUGUACAAGGACUGGCGGUCGCUGUGUGCCAUCAAGUUCCUUCGACUAGAGGACUUUCUAGACAACCAAAGACACGGUCUGGUCCUUAACCUAGAACCUGCAGGCAUGCUGUUUGCCGAGAUCACGUUCUUCAAUCCGAGCAUUGAGAGGCGGACAAAACUGCAGCGGCAGAGAAAGAUAUUCCCCAAAUACAAAGGCAAGAACUUCCUGCGUGCCAACCAGAUGAACAUCAACGUAGCCACCUGGGGCCGGCUGAUGAAGCGGGCCAUCCCUCCCACGUGCACCUCCCCGACCACCCUCAGCCCGGCGGGAAAUGGUGGCGCUCUGCCCCCCUCCCUGGCCCCGCCCGUGCGGGAGCGGCCCCCUGUCAUCCCCCCACCCGUCCAGCGGCUCAGCUUCGAAGGGGAGCUGCCCGAGAUCGAUCAGAGCGGCGAGGCCCCUUCCCUGAAGAAGCCCAAUGGGGCCCAGGGGGGCAAGCAUGGGGCACCAGAACAUGAAGUGGAGGAUGCACUAUCUGCAUUUGACUUUUUGGGUAGUCCGGGCCCCAGCUCUGCAGCCCCCACGCCAGACCUGCCAGAGUCCGAGUCCAGACCAAUUGUUCCCCAGGCCUCCACACCUGUGUCGCCACCUGCAAGUGUAGCAGCUCAGCCACGGGAAAUCAGCUCUGGUAACUUCCUCACUAUGGAUAACUUCCGCUGCAUCAGUGUGCUCGGCCGUGGCCACUUUGGUAAGGUGCUCCUUGCCGAGUACAAGAAUACGGGUGAGCUCUUCGCCAUCAAGGCGCUGAAGAAGGGUGACAUCAUCGCGAGAGAAGAAGUGGAGAGCUUGAUGUGUGAGAAGCGGAUCUUUGAGACGGCCAACAGCAUGAGACACCCCUUCCUGGUCAACCUGUUUGCCUGCUUCCAGACCGAGGCCCACGUCUGCUUCGUCAUGGAGUAUGCCAUCGGUGGGGACCUCAUGAUGCACAUUCACACGGAUGUCUUCUCGGAGCCCCGGACAGUAUUCUACUCGGCGUGUGUGGUGCUUGGUUUGCAGUAUCUCCACGAAAACAACAUAGUUUACAGAGAUUUGAAGCUAGACAACCUUCUGCUAGACCAGGAAGGCUUCUUGAAGAUUGCAGACUUUGGCCUGUGCAAGGAGGGCAUGGGGUUUGGGGACCGCACCAGUACCUUCUGUGGCACCCCCGAGUUCCUGGCACCGGAGGUACUGACAGAACCGUCCUACACGAGAGCGGUAGACUGGUGGGGCCUGGGAGUCCUCAUCUUUGAAAUGCUAGUAGGAGAGUCUCCUUUCCCUGGUGAUGACGAGGAGGAAGUCUUUGACAGCAUUGUCAAUGAUGAAGUCCGCUACCCACGAUUCCUCUCAACGGAAGCCAUUGCCAUCAUGAGACGGUUACUGAGGCGUAACCCAGAGAGACGACUGGGCUCAAGCAGGAGAGAUGCUGAAGACGUCAAGAAACAGGCUUUCUUCAGAAAUGUGCAAUGGGAGGAGCUUCUGAUGCGAAAAACGCAGCCACCAUUUGUUCCAAACAUAGGCCACCCUGAAGAUGUCAGCAAUUUUGACGAAGAGUUCACCCGGGAACGCCCCGUCCUGACCCCGCCGACCCGCGACCCCCGCACAAUCACGGAGGAUGAACAGAACUAUUUCAAGGCCUUUGACUACAUAGCCGACUGGUGUUGAGGUUUGGCUACGGCGCCCGUGCACCCACAGCACUUUCCUGGCAGAAUUAAAGCGUUGCCCGGACAACAUGGUACACGGGGAAUCGAACCAUCGCGUUGUUGCGCUGGAGUUUCCAUGAGGCCCACCUUCGCGUUAUGGCAAUUUCAAAGGCUGCCCUCCGUUGCCAAAAUAACGCCAGUCUGCAACUACCCUGAGGCCAAAUUAUUGUGUGGUCAAUUGACAUGUGCAUCUCACGUUACACACACACUGCCCUUCAGAGGAUGCAUAAAACGCUUAUUUCUCUCUGUAGCAUUUACGGAAAAUAUCGUGACCCUGCAGUGUUCUCAACAAAGUGAAAUCAGUGUUCUUUCUCAGAAGCUGCCAUCCUGUUUUCAUAGCACAGUGUUGCUCUCUUUUCAGGGGCCAACAAGAUCACCUAGCUUUAUCCAUCAUCGAAACUAUGUCUCAGAGUCUCAGAAUCUAAAGGCUUGCCCAGUACCAUACGCAGGCAGACAAUUAAAUGAAAGCUUCCUACAUGUUAAGGAGUCCACAUUCGAUUGUGUACAUUUGGACAGCGUCUGUGAUAAACAACAUUCUCCGGAGAACUCUAGUAGUUCCACUGUUGUGUGUGAAUCAGUAUUUUUGGGGGGCAGCCCUAGUCAUAUCUCCAAAACACUUAACGUGAAGCGAAACUGUCGACAACGCCUCGCCAUGAGAAAGUCGAAAUGCUGCGGUUAUUAGGAUUGUGCAGUGUCAGUCCCUUCCAGUUCUGGAAGCCUUUGAUGUGGUGGGAUCAUACCGUCUCGAUCAAGAUUAUUCGGUGUUUUCUGUUGAAGGCAAACGUGAGCAGGAUGUUGCAAGAUGCUGGAAACGUUCAGCGUUACACAUAAAGGACCCCUGAACAGUUUUUACAGAAGACCAUUUGAAUAUGGCAGAAGAUUUUGAAUAAACCAAUUUUCUUUUUCUGUGUGAGCCUUAGGGAAGGCAAGUUUGAAUAAUUUACUACAGAAUCCCCGAUUUGUAAAUCAAAUGGUAUGCCGUUUCAUUUAUGGGCAUUAGUUUCAUAGGUCUAGGCAUAGUUAGUCCGUGUUACUUAGCUGGGUCAAAGGUUAAAUGUCACUCAGAGGUCACCAGCAGACAAGUCAGACAAAGGGUCAAGGGAAAAAAGUUUUUCGAACCUAACUCUUAUUCAAAAGCUGUUAUUAAUGUACCAGUGACUAAAUUUGUUGGCUCUGCUUAAGGAAAUGUAUACCAGAAAUAUGUGAAUUGAUCCUGCAGUGUGUGUUUUCCUGAAGGGUCCGAUGGGAUAAUACAGCAAUAUAAACCAGUCUUGUCCACAGAUACUGUGAUGUGGAAAGGAGCAUAGUCACGACAGGUAAUAUUCCUUAAUGUUAAUCAUGUCUUUUUUGGUACCAUCUGCACGGAUAAACUGAAUUCUGUGUUGAGGAAACUGUGUGUACAUCAUGGUAACAUUUGUGUCUCUUGACCUUUAACCCUUUAACCCUCCAGCAAUAGUGGUGACCUUGUCCUGUGUACAUCUACCUGUAAAUUAACAUCAAUUUGAAACUAAUCCACUUUGUACAUAGUACAUUUGUGAGUUUAUAUUGAUUGUAUUCAGAUGUGCUGAUACUGAUAAAUGUCUUUUUUAAAUGGUGCGAUGUAAACAUCACAAAGAAGGGUGUGUAUUCAUAGUUUAGGUAUAUGUGUGGGUUACGGAUCCACAUUCUACUUAAGAGCCUGAGAAUUGUGAAGCACUAUUCAUAGAGUCCAGUGGUGCAAUCAUUGGUGGGAACUGUUCUACAUUUUUGGAGCAGUUUUUUGGCUGUAUACAUGUGUCAAUUAUGGGGUAGGAGGCCUGUUCCACGAUGAAUUGUUCGAUGUUGUUGAUAUUUUUUUUGUGUUUUUAGUUGAUAUAAUCUUGAAAGUCCUUUUGAUAAAGUGUCCAACGUUGUAAGUCCCGUUGAACUAGUCUGCAUCUCACUUGGAAUGGUGUGGAAAGUUUGCCAAUGAAAUGUGUAUUUUAAUCAAUGGAUAAAUUACAUGUACAUGUAAAGAUUGAGCUUUUAUAUGCAAAACUAGUGUGUGAAACAACAUUUGCAAGAAGACAGGAAAAGUAUGGCACUUAUAGUGCUCUUUAAGUCUAAUACCCUUAUGCAGAUGAGCAUGUUAAUAUGUUCAGAGUGAAGCAGGGUGCUAUACCGAUUCCCAGCCCAAGAGUUACCAUAUUAAGGGAUGUAGUCUGCUGCAGUGUACCACUGUCAGGUGGCUAAGAAUGGCCAACCUGGAUCAGGGCUUCUGGCUGCAUCCAAAAAUACUCACACUCUCAAUUAAAAUGGAUGAAUCCAUUACUCGUGGAAUGUGUUACUGCUAGCCAGUUUAUAUGAGGCCAGCCCUGGAUCUGUGUAACAACAGCAGCAGGAGUGUUGUCUUCUUCAACUGUCUCUGGCUGUGACAGUAAGUCCAGUGUUCAGUGACUCAUUAUUGAGAUUUGGCAUGGCCACAAGGUCUGACUGCCUGUACCACCCCCCUUCAGAUUGUCUCGUACGGGAUGGAUAAAAUGAAAGUGAGUUGAACCAAACUAUUGCGGUGAGUCUAUCCCAGUGGUAUAUAGAUGCAGGUAUCCGCUUGUAGGUCAGAUCUUUCCCCGGGAUUAAUUUUUAUCCGAGAAAGAAAUUGCACCAAAUUUGUCAGUGUAUGUGUAUAGAAGUACCCGAGAAUAAUUCCACUCUCCCCAGUGUCCAAUAUAAAGUGAUCCCACAGACUCCCCGUGUGAUUAUUACCUCAAAGUUUGUAAAAAUCUGUUGAAUUUACUGGCAAGAGUUGGUAUAUAAUCCAUGUAGUAUUGGUGGAGGUUAAAGUUUUAAUUUGCAGAUUGAACUGCAUUCAUUCAGACAAGAUUUCUGUAAGAUUUUUUAUGACUUCAUCACUGUGUGGAGUCUUUUUUUCAUUGAACUCUUGAAUGAUCCCCACCGAAGAACAUACGUAGAUUUAGCUUGCAAGAGGAACGUGCAGAGUAUGGAUUUCUUUCCUCCAGUGAGUAAUCUUUCCUGAUUUUUUUUUUACCCUCCUUUUGUGGCAUAUUUGGUUUUACUUUUGCAUGGAUUAAGAACAGCGUUUAUUUCAUUGAUACCCCUUCACUCCUGAACACCCACAUAACAUUGACUGUGGCUUUCUUCUUAACCUCAAGUCUUGUAGGUUCGUAAAAUUCUUCCAGACUUUGGGGAGAACCUGGCAUGAUUAAGGAAGGCACAGUUUGGCAGCCAUUUAUUCUGUAAGAUUCCUUGCAUGAAAUACCCCAACAGUUCAUGUUGAGCUAAUUCCUCCAAGAAGUGGACAUAUUAAGAAAACUCGAACAUUGCUAUCCUGACACUUUUUUCCCCUUUGGCGAUAUACUGUUCCCGCCAACAUCAGAUUGUCGGAAACGUAAAAAGGUUUAUCGUUUGAGGAGCCGUAAAUCCUUUGCUUUAUUAAGCUGUUCAUUGACUGGUGCACAGUAUGCCUACUUUGCAUUUGAACAAGAGGAGAGGCUGCUCUGAAGUUUCUGUGAUAAUGAAAGCUUGCAUUUUGACAGACCUCAUUCUUUUUGUAUAUAUUAGUAUUAUCUCCGUGAUCAGCUUCAUACACUGUCCCGUUGUGCUUGGUAUAUGAACCGUUGUACAAUAAAACAGUAUUUUUGUUGAAAGGCUUGUA